AUGAUUUCUGUGGAAUUUUCGCAGUUUUACAAGGAAUUUUAUUUUCUUUUUGUAGUCGGUAUUUAUGUCUUUAUAUCUGAGUAUGGCCGAAUUAAAAAUGCACUUUUAGCGAAGAAAUGGUUUGAAGGACUAUAUCCGUUGUUUUCUGCACAAUUUGCACAAGUUGGUAUAAAGAAAAAUGAUUCUGUACGACUACAUAACUGGAACCCGGCCCGUUUUAUCUCAUAUGCUACUGGACGUAUUUAUAUUGAUUAUGCACAUAUUCAGUUUAUAAUGCCUAUGCGCCAAAAUGUGCUAUCACUGCUAAAAUGUGCGUUAAAAGCAUUUUUUGCGGAUGAACCAAUAGCUCGGGACCGCUUAUAUGUAGAUAUGGUUAUUUCAGAUGAUGCUUUUGAUGAUUUUGUUUUUGCUGUGGUCAAUAAAGCAAUAAUGCGCUGGUUGCGUGAGAAAUACUAUCACUUGUCUUUUACACGGGUGUUGGAAACACCUAUAUUACCAGAAACAUAUGUUGUGAUGUCAGAGUCGCCAGAAAUUAUGUCUGCUUUACUGGAAAACGAUGCCUUUAUUCAGUGUAUUACUGCAUCAGAAUUUGAAUUAGAGUAUUUUAUUGUGAGUGAUCAGCCUUCCAAACGGCCAAAAAGUCCGGAUCAAAAGUAUAGAAAAACUGUUUCAUUUUGUAUAAGAUUACCAUUAUUACUUCACUUAGAUAGGGUUGUCUCUAUUGUCACACAAUGUAUUACAUUUGUAGACUUUCUAGCUGAUAGGGCACAUUGGAGAUCCAAUAUUUCUCAAAAACUCAAAGCAGCUCGUGAAGAAGUGAAUCGAAAACUUAGAAAACUACAGGAUGAAGAACAAUUAGCAAAAAUAUCAAAAAAAAAAGCCGAAAAAGAUAGAUUAGAAAAAGAACGUGUUCGAAAUAUGAGUUUUCAAGAACAACGGAAAUAUUUAGAUAAAGAACGAGAACGAAAAUAUAAAAAACAAAUAAAAACAAUAAGGAUGUAA